AUGUGGAAAAUGAAACUGUGCGACGUUCUAGUGAUCGCGAUUAUAGUGCUCCAAUUAACGCUGGCGACCAACGCUGAACAGUAUGGAUCGGGCAACGUGAUCGUGCGAUCGUCUCAGCUGGCAGGGAAAGUGAAACGUGAAAGUGUAAUAGACGAUCGGUCUACCGAAAACGUCGAUGAUGAUGACAGCAAGGCCGAUUCUGCCGAAAAGGUUAUCUAUGACCAGCGGCAGGUCAAUGGUGAAACCAACAUACGGUUGAGUAUUAAGAACUUUAAGCUUCAGCUGCCAGAAUCGCAGCUGGAACACUUCCAAAGAUCAAACAUGGCGCAGUUGAUUCGAAAUUCUGUGUUGCGUUUGUUGGGAAUUGAGAUCGGUGGGCUCUCCGAGCCGGAAGCAUCUUCAAGACGUCCUCCGGCAGAAAUACCCUCAUCUACGGAGAAACAACCCAAUCAAAAUGAGUCCCAAGGAGUUCCGGAUGUUAGUGCCUCAAUGUUGCAAGUGAAUGGGGCCAAUCUGCCGGCCAAGUUUUUCCUCGAGAUUAGCGACUUUCUGAUGAAUACGAACGAUAAUGAUGCGGUGGAUGAUAUGCGUGUGGAGACCAACCACAACCAUCAGCAGCAGCUCGAGCAGCAGCAGCAGCUGGAACAGCAGCUGCAUCGGUUUCAGCAACAGCAAGCGGACCAUCAGCAACCGAAUGGCCAACCGUCGGAACCGCUCUACGGAACGGAAGAGAUCAAGAUCGAGCGGUUGGAAAAUACAAGCAAUGUGAGGAACCAAACGAUCACCAUUAGCAAGAAGCGCCAUCAGGUAGGACCGUUACCGACGGAUGGUAGCGCCCUAGAGACAGUUAGUAAGGAGAAUCAUCAGUCCACCAAUACGACCCGGAAUGCAACCGAAUCUUCUGACCGGUUCGUUCAGACGAAGCCAAUACGGCUGGAGACGGUGCGUGUGGUGACAACGAACGAACCAAAAACACUGCGCGAAAAGGUCAUCUGGCAGGUACCAUCGGACGUGGCUCGGGAAGCAGCUGAUGGACAGUAGAGC